AUGCCUUCCCUCUCCGCCAUACGUGCCGCCAACCUCGCCUUCUCGCACUCCUAUGUCCCCGUCGCCGUCUUCGUCGGCGGCACCUCCGGCAUCGGUGCCGCGACCGCCCAGGCCUUCGCGCGCGCCACGCACGGCAACGCGCACAUCGUCAUCGUCGGCCGCGACCGCGCCGCGGGUGACGCCGUCAUCGCAUCCUUCCCCAAGCCCACCACGCCCGACGCGCGGCACGAGUUCGUGCAGUGCGCGGACGUGUCGCUGAUGCGCAACGUGCGCGGGACCGCCGCGGAGCUCCGCGGGCAGCUCGACCGUAUCAACUUCCUCGUGCUCACCGCGGGGUACCUGAGCAUGGCGGGCCGCGUGGAGACUGCGGAGGGGCUGGACAAGCGGCUCGGGACGCACUACUACGCGCGGUGGCUGCUCGUGCGCGAGCUCGUGCCGCUGCUGGAGAAGGCGAAGGAGCGGGGCGAGCACGCGAAGGUGAUGUCAGUGCUCGGGGGCGCGAACAUGGUGGCGUUUGAUGUGGACAACCUUGGGCUGAAAAAGAACUACAUGUCUUCCAACCCGGGGAUCGUCGGGCCGACGUACACCGAUCUCGCGUUCUUGUCAUUCGCGGAGCGCCAUCCAGGGUUGACGUUCGUGCAGGGGAACCCGGGCGGAGUGCGGACGAACAUCCUAAAGCGGAUGCAUUGGUCGACGAGGAUCUUGAAUCCGUUGCUCAACGUACUCCUCUAUCCCCUCACGUCGUCGGCUGAAGAGUGCGGGCAAAGCAUGCUGUACGGAAUGUUGCAGAGCGGGCCUGGGGCGCAGAGGCGGGGCACUCGGGGGGACGAUAUGGGACCGACGCCGCUGCAUGCAGAUGAGGAAGCUAAAAGACGACUGUGGGAACACACCGAGGAGGAGGUUGAGCGUGCAUUG